UUUUUUUAGGCAUUUAGUUAACAGUAUAAGUUUUUCUUUUUGGAUCAAUGCUUCAAAUAAUAGAUUAAAAUAAAAGGUUACUCUAUGCUUUCAAUACUGAAGGCUCAGCCUAAAAUUAGUCUUCCUAUAUAAUGAAUGAAUGUGACUGUCUAGUUCCGACUUUGUCCUUUUCCAAUCAUAGACCAUCAUACAUGCACAUCCACACACACCCCUGUCCUUUUGUCACCAGGAAACCUGAGCUGCUGCUAUUUGUGGUGCUGGCAGGAUGCCGUAGCCAUUACGGGCUGUCUGUGCAGCGGGCUCUCGUAGAGAACUAUGGCUAGAUGAGCCGCCACUGCACCACAGUGUGGACCGCUGCCAAAAUGAACUCAGCAGCCUCUUUGGUUUGCCCUUUGGGUCAGCUUACACAGCAGUGCACCAUUCUGCUGAAAUCCCUGAAUUAAUGCAGAGAGGGAAGAAGAGGGGGAGGAAUGACUCAAGCGAAAAAGGAGACGCUGGUAUGCGGAGAGCAGCCCCCGGGUUUCUCAGCGUGGUCGUUCUCACACCACGUUCUCUGCCCAACCCCCUUCUCUCUCCUCAAGCCGUCUCCACUAUGCUUCCCCCGGUCGGAGAUCUGUCGGUCUGCUGCUAAGCAGCCCUGGCCGCUCAGUGGACAUGGACAUCAGCCAUGCCGCCCAGGUAAGCUCCGAAGUCCGGGCAGUGCGAACUCAGGAGAGGGCCCAGCUGCAAGAUCUCAAUGACCGAUUUGCAGGUUACAUUGAGCGCGUCCAUGAACUAGAACAGCAAAACCGUGCCCUGGAGGCUGAGCUGCUCCUGCUGAGGCAGAGGCAUGUGGAGCCUUCCCGCCUGAGGGGCCUUUACGAGCAGGAGAUCCGUGCUCUGAAAGCGGCCGUCGAUGAGGCACGCAUGGAGAGGCAGGCUGCACUGAGCCACCGAGAGAGUAUGGAAAAUGCGUUGCGGAGCCUGCAGGCCAGCUACGAGGAAGAGGUGGUUGCCCGCGAGGACACCGAAGGCAGGCUUCUGGAGGCCCGCAAGGAGGCCGACGACGGCGCUCUGGCUCAGGUGGAGCUGGAGAAAAAGGUUGAUACGUUGCUAAAUGAGUUGGCCUUCCUGAAGAAGGUCCAUGAGGGUGAAAUCUCAGAGUUGCAGGCCCAGAUUCAAUAUGGAGCCCAGAUCGCCAUUGAGGCAGAGACUGCCAAGCCUGAUUUGUCCAGUGCCCUACGUGACAUCCGAGCCCAGUAUGAGAAGCUGGCAGCCAAGAACAUCCAGUCAGCUGAAGAAUGGUUCCGUGGGAAGAUGGGCCACCUGACAGAGAGUGUGGCACACCACACUGAUGCAGUGAGGAACUCCAAGGAUGAGGCGGGAGAGUAUCGGCGCCAACUUCAGGCAUGUGUCCUUGAGAUUGAUGCCUGCAAGGGGCUGAAUGAGUCUCUGGAGAAGCAGCUGAGGGAGAUGGAGGACAAGCAGAGUGCAGAGAUUGCUGCCAUGCAGGAUGCAAUCGGUGACCUUGAGGAUGAACUUCGAGCCACUAAGAGUGAAAUGGCGAGAUACCUUAAAGAGUACCAGGAUCUUCUCAAUGUCAAGAUGGCCCUUGAUAUUGAGAUAGCUGCUUACAGGAAGUUGCUUGAGGGGGAGGAGUCUCGCUUCAAUGUGGGUGUGGGAGGUUUGGUCGGUGCCUACUCUGUUGGUCCCGUCUAUUCCCGACCCAUGUUCUCACUGUCAUCCCUGAGCUCUGGUGCCCCCUACCUGUUUGGAUCCCGCCUGGUUAGUGCAUCCCUCUCAGCCGAUGAGGCUAUCACAUCCAGUCAAGCUCAAGAAGCUGCUGCCAGUCCUACUAAGGAAGUAGAAGAAGAGGAGAAAGUGGAGGAGGAGGAAGUAAAGGAAGAGGAAGUGGAAGAGAAGGAGGAAGAAGAAGAAACAAAGGAGGAAGAGGAAGGUGCUGAACAGGAAGAGGAAGCUGGAGCAGAGGAAGAGGAAGCUGCAGCAGAGGAAGAGGAAGCUGCAGCAGAGGAAGAGGAAACUGCAGCAGAGGAAGAAGAAAAAGGAGACAAGGAAGAGGAGACUGAAGAAAAAGAUGAUGUUAAAGGGGAAGAAGGGGAAGGAGAUGAAAAAGAGGGAGAUGGUAAAGAGGGUGAGCAGAAAGAGGGAGAGGAGGAAGAGGGAGAGAAAGGUGAGGAGGAGGAAGUGGCUGCAGAGGAGGAUACUGAGACAGAGAAAAGUGAGGAGAAAGCUGACACAAGUGCUGAUAAGCCCAAAGAGGAUACAGAGACAGACAAGGAAGACACUAAAACAGAAAAAGACAAGGUAGAGAAGGAAACCGAGAAGGCAAAAGUUGAGCCUAAGGCUGAAAAAACCAAAGAGGAAGUCAAAACUGAACCAGCCAAAGAGAAAGCCAAGGAGAAAAGUGAACCUGUACCUGAACCAGAGUCAAAGGAUAAAGGGAAGGAAGAGCCAGAGAAACCCAAAGCUAAAGAAAAGGCAGAGCCAGAAAAGCCGAAGGGAAAAGAUGAAGGUGAGAAAGGCAAGAGUGAGAAAAAGGAAAGUGUAAAGCAGGAAAAGGGAAAAGAGGAGGCUGAGAAACCCAAGGGGAAGAAGUAAUGAGUAUGAUCUUUAAAAGCACAAAUAUCAGUAGCCUGACCUGCUUCUCUAGUUCUCCUUAAGUCUAUAUCUAUUAACAUGCCUUGAUCAAUGGUGCUCAGAGCAAACUGCAAUACAAUGUUUGAAACCACAGUCAACUUUAUCAGCAUUUAAAACAUAAUGAUUGUCUGAUGUCGCUGUUGAUGAUCUACAUAUCUGAGUGAAUGUAUGCUUGUGAAGUAGAUUAUAUUUUUGAAUGAAGCAUCGGUCUUGCAAUUGUAAAAAAAGUGAAUAUUUGCUGCCAGUGCAAUAAAAACAUGCUUCUUGAUGAUCCAAAAAA